GGGAGGGAUGGAGGGGAGAUGAUCACAGGAGGGAAAAGAAAGAAGAGAGGGGGGAUAUAAUGAGGGAGAAAGACUGGUGUUCUUUGAUGAGGGAGGGAGUAAAGGUGUGUGUGUGUGUGUGUGUGUGUGUGUAGGGAGAGAGAGGGAGUGUGUGUUUGGGAGAGAGAGAGAGAGAGAGAGAGAGAGAGGUUGCUCCUCACUAGUUCCUCCUCUCAGUCUGACACCAGCAGUCUGUUUUUUUCCUCCCUGCCGCUGUGGUGAAACUCCAUCAGGUUGUGACAGUCAUGUUGGCAGUAUGUGUGAGGUUGCUUUUGCUCCUCCCCCUGGUUUGCUGCGUCCCCUCCCCUUCCAGACCUCCUUCCAGACUCUGCAGGAGGUGCUGCGACCACACAGAGCCUCCAGCAGCCACAUCCCAAUAUCAGAUGCCUGAGGUCCGCACUGUCAUCAACAUGACCAUCCUCAAAGGUGAUAAAGGAGAGAAAGGUGAUAAGGGUACACCUGGCAAACCUGGCCUAGAGGGACCUCCUGGCCAUCGAGGACCAAUUGGCCUUAAAGGCAGCAAAGGCCUGGUUGGUGCCCCUGGAGAUGCCUGCAAGAUCCCUCAUUCUUCCUUCUCAGUGGGACGUCGCAAGUCCCUGCACAGUGUGGACUACUACCAGGCGCUGGUGUUCGACACAGUGUUCGUCAACAUCCACGAGCACUUCAACAUGUUCAAGGGCAAGUUCUACUGCUAUGUGCCAGGAGUCUACUUCUUCAACAUCAACAUCCACACCUGGAACUUUAAGGAGACCUACCUCCACCUGAUGCACAACGACAAAGAGCAGGUGAUCCUGUAUGCUCAGCCCAGUGAGAGGUCCAUCAUGCAGAGCCAGAGUGUCAUGCUGAAUCUGGCUCUGAAUGACGAGGUCUGGGUUCGUCUGUACAAGAGGGAGAGGGAGAACGCAGUUUACAGUGACGACGUAGAUGUUUACAUCACCUUUAAUGGAUACCUGGUGGCACCUAGCAUCCAGUGAAAAUGGGACAGCGGGAAUAAUAAGAGUGGCAGAAUCUCUGGGUCGGAUUAAUGCUUUUUUUUUUUUUUUUUGCCAUGGAUACUUUUUUAUGCCAAGAAAGGAAAUGUACUCGGACGACAAUUCAAGUUUGGUGCUUAUUAAAUAUUCCUUUCAUCCUGGAGAGGAUCUUACUGUGCUUUUUUAAUGAUGACUGCCCAAAAAUAUUAGAAUCUAAAGGAACGAUAAAAAAGAGGAAGGUAGCAGAGUGCACAGUUAGGAACAAAUGUUAAAUUACUUCCUUUGCACUAGAAAUACACUUUUGUACAAAGUACAUUUGUUCCUACUUCUGUGCUGUACUAGUUUUUACUCUUGGUUCACUCCUUUCAGGGACUAUGUGUUGAAACACACAUUGUAUCACUUAUCAGGAGUCAUAAAUCUGUGCAAUCAGUUAUGUAUUUGUGCCAUGGUGCUUCUCAACAGGUAUAGAGUUUCUGUUUGAUUAAAAUACACAAAGACAUACAAACGUUUCCUUUGUACCUUGUAGAAUAACGUUUACCUUAAAAGGGUUAUUUCACUACAAAUUGCAAAAAAUAACCCCUGAUGGUUUCUAGCCAUGCGAACAGUUAAUCUUUGAGGUAUCUCUGAAAACUUCUUUUGUCACCCUGAUAUAAUAAUGUUACACAGUGAUGCAUUUAAGUACUGAAAGACAUUUUUCCACCUAAUGUGCCUCAGCCUAGAGGUUUUCACAGAUCUUUUCAAUUCUGAGGAUCUGGGACAGAAUCUGGUCCAAAUUAUAUUCAUGUGGGUGAGGUAGGGUCUCUCUUUACUGCCACAGGUCUUCAUAUGUCUGGAUGGAUGUGAGCAUGCUCUGAUCAUGCAGUACAUAAUCAAUGUGAAAGAAAAUAUUUUUCGAAAUCAGUAACCGAUCUAAACAGACAUUAAAUUGGUUAGAAAAUCAUCUUCUGGCGACAGUCACCCAAUUGGCUGCAGAAUGUUUUAUUGUUCAUUCAGGAGGUGUACUUUAAAUCAAUGUGGAGCAUUUGAAUUAGUUUAAAACAGUACUAUUAUGUUGCUGUUCUUUUCAACCAUGGUUGCCAUCAUCCAUCUGCUGCUGCUCGUGUUGCUGACCACAUUUUAGAUCAGGUCUAAUUAUUCACUGGUGUAUUGGAUUGAUUCUGACGCCCCUUCAGAUUAAAUGUACACACAUUGAUCCUGCCCUCCUCAUGUGUUCAGUUCUAACCCUCAAGUCUCUUCCUACAUACAUCAUAAUCUACCAAACUAUAGACACACAUUUUGUUUGUGGUGUAUUUAAAAUUGCAUUUAAAAAUCUCAUCAGCAGAGCCUAUUUCCAGACAGUAAUGUGGUUUCUUUACUGUCUGUUUUCUACAAGAGAAAUAGUCCCAGUGAAAACUGUCAAGAGUGAAACCUCUAAACAUUAUAAAACCAAAAUGAACUGCAAACUGGGGUUAUGCUAAGGGGGGACAUGCUGUUUAAUUGUAUUUUUUUUUUGCAAUUUUAGUGAACUGACCCUAACCCUAACCCUUUAAACACACAUAUAUCCCAACAUAUCAAAAUGAAAAAUAAAGGUGCUUCAUUGCUAAAUGCA